CAGAGGCAGGAGCCGAGCGCCUUACGCGGGAAGAGGAGCGGCGAAGCUUCGGUGGCCGUCGCCCCCAUAGAAUGGCUUGCACAGUUUCUGCUGUUGGUGUCCUCCUUUUGUUUGGUCUUCUGCUGCCCUCUGGAGAGGGCAGCAGGAGGAACCGUGGAUCACAAGGAACCAUCCCUUCUCCUGACAAAGACCAGCCCAAUGACUCCGAACAGACCCAGCAGCUACCACCAGGCUCCAGACCCCGCGGUAAGGAGAAAGGCAAACCUCCCUCUACUGAAGAGGUGCUGGAAUCAAGCCAAGAGGCGUUGCAUGUCACGGAACGAAAGUACCUGAAAAGGGAUUGGUGCAAAACACAGCCACUCAAGCAAACUAUCCAUGAGGAAGGCUGCAAAAGCCAAACCAUCAUUAACAGAUUCUGUUAUGGCCAGUGCAACUCAUUCUACAUCCCGAGGCAUUUCCACAGAGAGGAAGGUUCCUUCCAGUCAUGCUCAUUCUGCAAACCAAAGAAAUUCACCACCAUGUUGGUUACACUGACCUGCCCAGAUCUGCAACCUCCAACCAAGAAAAAGAGGAUCACACGAGUUAAAGAAUGCCGCUGUAUAUCUAUAGACUUGGACUAGGAAGUGUCAUGGAGGAUAUUCUGCCCACCAGUGCAUUUCCUCCUUCAAUCCAGGGGUCUAAACCUCUUUAGGUAUGUCCAAAUGGGACAUGAAUCAGAGAGAAUCACAGCAAACAGUAUGUGUUAUUCUUGUGUAAGUGUGAACUUCAGCUUUGAAAAUAAGUCAUUUGGAGUGUGUCUUAGGCUCAGUAAUUCACUAAUUCUCCCAUGUGCUGGAAUUCUGCACUUGCAGUUCUCCUCUUUUGCCAGAAUCUGUGCCAUUGACUGUCUCAUGAUAAUCAGUAACAGUAUUUGUUGUUAGAUUAGAGCCAUUGAUUCCUUUCAGAUUUAGUUAUGUUCUGAGGAAAAUGUGGAAAGGAAUGCAUUAAUUGCAGAGAAUACAGUGGUACCUCGGGAUACGAACUUAAUGCGUUCUAUGACU